AUGGCCGCUGCGGCUGAGAUCCCAACGGCGAGAUCAGCGUCAAAGCCAGAAAGUUCCAAAGUGCGUGUGUUGUGCUAUGAGUUCGAUCUGGAAAAGGACGUGAUAGGAAAGGGCGCCUACGGCGAGGUCUACAAGGCCACCGUCGUAGGUCCGCCAGGCAAUAAUAUGAACCAGAUCGACGGAGCACAGGGAAGCUUUGUCGCUCUCAAGCGCACCUUCUGUGCAGACAAGGAGGAGGGUAUUCCUGCCUCCACAAUUCGCGAGAUUAUGGUUCUGAACGAGAUCGUCAAGUCGACGCGUGACGUGGCCGGACCGGGGUCCCCCGCAUUAUUCGGUUCUGAAAACGUCGUUAAACUUUAUGACGUCGUCGUGGAGAAGUAUAUGGUCUACAUGGCCUCGGAGUACUGCGAGGCGGGGGAUUUGUCGUGUUACCUCAAUGCACUCCCACUGCGCCGUCUCACCGAUGGACGGCUGUACCGCCAGUGGAUGCGGGAUUUGCUCAGUGGUCUCUGCUUUCUGCACCGGAAGGAGUUCUCACACCGAGACCUGAAGCCGCAGAACCUUGUGCUGAAAGCCGUGCCCCCUGGCACACAGUCCCCCAGGGUCAACUGUGACGGUGAGCCAAAGAGGGGGCCGAGGGCGCCGUCGCAGUAUGUACUCAAAAUCACAGACUUUGGCCUCUCCCGAGUGGAAGGUAUUCCGGUAAAAAAGUAUCAACAUGAGUCUGUCACCCUUUGGUACCGUAGCCCAGAUGUCUUGCUGGGAAAUACAAACUACAACUACACCGUGGAUCUAUGGAGUGCCGGCUGCAUUAUUGCCGAGGUUGCCAGUGGAAAAGCCCUUUUUCACGGGGGAAACAAUUUGGAACAAUUGAAAUGCAUCUUUGCCCUCUUAGGACUGCCAACAGGGGCUAAUUUCCCUAGUAUGAAGCAGUACGCACUGUAUAAAGAUUUCUUCAAUGGCGUCAAUGGUAUUCAACUGGGCCAGAACGGGAACGACGGCAAAGGCUCGAAUGGGUAUAGUGACUGGCUUGAAGGGGCAAAGAGGAAGUUGCAUUACUACUUCACAAGGUGUGGGUCAAUGGACAUGGUGGGAAAUGAUGGCGUGGAUCUCGUGGCGCGUCUGUUGGCAUAUGAACCGGAUAGACGGAUAACGGCGGAAGAGGCCCUUCAGCAUCCCUUUUUCUGCAUUCUCUCCCGCGGCAUUUCCUCGCCGCGCCGUCACAAUUUCCCUCAGGUGACAGCCGCUGCAGAGGCAGGUGGGCAAAAGAAGGACCUACUCCUCCUCGGAAAGAAAAAUGCAGUUGCCCGGCCACCACAUCGCCCGUUGUCUGCGGUUCUUGCGCAAAAUCGGCACCGUCCUCCGGCGCAGCCUCGGGAAGGAGAGGUGGCGGAGGCGGAGGCAGGUGCUCCCAACAGAGCCAGAGUCGUAGUGAACACCCCCACGCCCUCGGCAGGCGUUCGCAGGGGGUAA